CUGGUAUGGAGCGGACUAGACUGGUAUGGAGCGCCCCGCGGACUAGACUGGUAUGGAGCGCCCCGCGGACUAGACUGGUACGGAGAGCCCCGCGGACUAGACUGGUGCGGAGAGCCCCGCGGACUAGACUGGUAUGGGGCGCUCCGCGGACUAGACUGGUAUGGAGCGCUCCGCGGACUAGACUGGUAUGGAGCGCCCCGCGGACUAGACUGGUAUGGGGCGCCCCGCGGACUAGACUGGUGCGGGGCGCUCCGCGGACUAGACUGGUGCGGGGCGCUCCGCGGACUAGACUGGUGCGGGGCGCUCCGCGGACUACACUGGUGCGGGGCGCUCCGCGGACUAGACUGGUAUGGGGCGCCCCGCGGACUAGACUGGUGUGGGGCGCCCCGCGGACUAGACUGGUGUGGGGCGCUCCGCGGACUAGACUGGUGUGGGGCGCUCCGCGGACUACUCUGGCGUGGGGCGCUCCGCGGACUAGACUGGUGUGGAGCGCCCCGCGGACUAGACUGGUAUGGGGCGCUCCGCGGACUAGACUGGUAUGGGGCGCCCGCGGACUAGACUGGUGUGGGGCGCUCCGCGGACUAGACUGGUGUGGGGCGCUCCGCGGACUAGACUGGUGUGGGGCGCUCCCCGGACUAGACUGGUGUGGGGCGCUCCCCGGACUAGACUGGUAUGGGGCGCUCUGCGGACUAGACUGGUAUGGGGCGCUCCGCGGACUAGACUGGUACUGUGCUCUUCGCGGACUAGACUGGUGCGGGGCGCUCCCCGGACUAGACUGACGCGGGGCGCUCCGCGGACUAGACUGGUAUGGGGCGCUCCCCGGACUAGACUGGCGCGGGGCGCUCCGCGGACUAGACUGACGCGGGGCGCUCCGCGGACUAGACUGGUAUGGGGCGCUCCCCGGACUAGACUGGUAUGGGGCGCUCCGCGGACUAGACUGACGCGGGGCGCUCCGCGGACUAGACUGGUAUGGGGCGCUCCCCGGACUAGACUGGAGUACACCAUAGACUCCAUGCUUCAAUAGUUAAACAGUUCAGAUUUUUCAGUUUGACAUUUUCACCCAGUUUUACUUUUGAGCUUUGCCAUCCAUCAUUUUUAGGGACAUCCUUACAUUUUUUUGUUUUUCCUGUGUUUUAAAAUUAUAUUGUACAACAGAUGAUAACACUAACACUGUGAAAAUGUGAUCAGUGUUGCUGGUUGAAAAUACAAUCUACACAGGACCAUCAGUAGGUUUGCAUGAGUUUUGGCUUUCCGUGGGUGACAUCACCAUGCGGUAAAUUGGUUAAUAGACCAAUCACAAAAGAGUUCCAAACCUCUGCUAGUAACAGCUAGUUCGAACAUUCUUGCUUGAGUUUUUUUUGUUUGUUGCUAAAACGCAAUUUGUGCCCAUUUUAAUGGAAAUCUAUUACAGUAAUGUAUUUAAUUGUUACUCAGAAAUGAUUUGAUAUUGAAAUGAAAACAUCUGCAUUAAGCCUUUAACAUGAAGCUCCACUCAUACUCUGAAGGUGUUGAAUAUUUUGUUGUGUGUGUGUGUGGACAGGGCCGGCCUAGCCUUUUGAGGGCCCUAAGCUAAAAACAUUUUUUUUGGGGGGGGGGGUCACCGAAGAGAAAAAGUUCUAGUUUUAGACUUAAUUUCCUGCAAUUCUACAAAUUUUGCCAUGGGGCUGCAAUUUCAUAGCUAAUUUCUUGAAAUUCUACACAUUUUGCCAUGAUAAAAGGAUGUUGAGUGACUAAGAAAAUCAAUUGGGGCCCCCUGGAGGUCUGUGCUCCUGGGUGUGUGCCCGGUCAGUAAUUCAACCAUGAUCACCAAUCUAAAAAAUGUUAGCUGACAUGGGCUAAUUUGAGUUACUGACAUAAGAGAAACUGCACCUUGUGUAUUCUAAAUCUCAACAGUAAGUUUAGACCCUGACUGAGUUCCACAUUUUUUUUGUGGUGGGGGGGGCCCUAAGCAGUCCCUUCUGUUGCCUAGGGCCGGCCCUGUGGAUGUCAUUCUUAACCAGAUGUUUCACUGUUUAACUUAUUGACUGAAAUUAUUUUAAUUUUUUUUUUUACCUGAAAAGUGUUUCACGGUAUUGUGCGGAAAUUAAACCGAGAAAUAUUGUUACAUAUUGUUUUUAUAUUGGGUCACUAGUGCAAUAACAAUAUAGUCCAUCUCCAAAUGUUCGCAGUAAUGCCUAGUAGAAUGUCAUGAAAUACUUCAUUUUGUAUUUGUUCAGUACUGAUGGAUAGCACACCGAGAAGAGUAAUAACAAAAAUUGCUAAACUAAAACUAUAUUUGUGUAUCUUAGAAACAUUUGAAAGACAAAUUGACCGUGGUAUAUUUAUUUAUAUAAAAAAAAUCAUAAUGUAAAUCGGACAAAAUGCAGAAACACUAACUUUAAACCUUCUGUACUUGAUCUAAAUCUGUCUGUGGCCUCGGCAACUGUUAUAUUCAACUGUAUGUAAUGUGAAGGGUACGUCCCAAAUGGCACCCUAUUCCUUAUAUAAGUGCACUACUAUGGACCGUGGCUCAAAAUAAGUGCACUAAGUAGGGAGCCAUUUUGGACACAAAUGAUUUUAAAUGGGGGGGGGGUGGGGGACUGAUGAUGUGUGAUUGCUGCAUGUGGCCCGAUGGCCGGGAUCCAAAGGCAUUGUACCUCUAAGGCAGCAGACCACACGGUAAACACUACAUAUGUUGGCUCGAUCAGAAAUCACCUUUUUAAAAUGGCCGAACAAAGCGCGAUGGAUUGAAUCCCGGCCCACCUUGUUGCUCUAUUAUCUUCAGAACCAACCGACCCAGUUCAUUAGGCAAACAAAUCGGGGGGGGGGACUCCCAAACAGGAAGUGACAACUUGGGAGUUGUCCAAUAAACUCUUAACUGUUUCUAUUGGGAAAUUGUUUUAAAACAUUUCCCCUUGUGUGCCCUAAUGAACACUACCCAGGCAUCCAGGCCGGGGAUUGUAUCCCAAAUGGCAGCUUAUUCCCUAGAUAGUGCACUACCCCUAUGGGCCCUGGU